GAUUUAGAAUCAGCAUUUUAUUGUAUGUUAAUUAAUUGUAAUGAAAAUAAAUUAUAUAUGAAAAAUAAUUCAAAACGUGAUGAUUUAUAUAUACAAGAAUGUCCAUUUACGGAUCGACGUGAUCUUUCAACACUUUCUUAUUCAUAUACAAGUAAUUCAAAUCUAUCUACAACUUCACUUAUUAUUCAUUAA